CAUGACCCUGCGGCGGCUGCGGCGGCUCCAGCCCAAGGAGGAGGAUGCGGCGGGGGCAGCUGCCCUGGACCCGGGGCCCGCCGGGGGCGGCCCCUUCCCGGCGCUGGGCGGCUGCCGGGCGGCCGAGAUGCACCGGGCGCUGGCGGCCUCCGGGGGCACCUUGCCCCGGGCGCGCAAGGGCUCUGGAUGCCAAUGGAAAUCUCUGAGCCCAUCCCCGGAGCAGCACCGGAAGGUGAUCACGCUGGACAAGGAGGCAGAGGAGACGUUUGGGUUUGAGAUCCAGACCUAUGGACUCCACCACCAAGACAAGAAGAGCGUGGAAAUGUUCACCUUUGUCUGCCGGGUCCACGAGGGGAGCCCAGCCCAGACAGCGGGGCUCACACCCGGAGACACCAUCACCGCAGUGAACGGGCUGAACGUGGAGGGCAUCCGGCACCGUGAGAUCGUGGAAAUCAUCAAGGCCUCUGGGAACGUGCUCAGGCUGGAGACGCUGUACGGGACGUCCAUCCGGAGAGCGGAGCUGGAGGCCCGGCUGCAGUACCUAAAGCAAACCCUGUUAGAGAAGUGGGGGGAGUACCGCUCGCUGAUGGUCCAGGAACAGAGGCUGGUGCGUGGGAUCGUGGUGAAAGACCCCAGCAUCUACGACACGCUGGAAUCCGUCCGCUCCUGCCUGUACAGCGCCGGGCUCACGAGCGGCUCCCUCGCCUUCGGGAAGAUGCUGUCGGGCGCGGGCAGCACAUCCAGCUGCGUCAGCACCGCCACCGAGGAGAGCGAGGACUCCGUCUACCAGACCUGCUUCUUUGACUCGGCCGAUUCCCUGGACGGGCACUCUGGGCGGGACGGGGGCAGCGCCCCCCCAGCCCUCUCCCAGCACCGGCCCGCCCUGACCCGCAGUGCCAGUGUCAAAUGCACCAGCAGCAGCAACGGGGCCGUGGGCCUCUUCUGGGACAGGCCAGGUGACCAAAAGAGCUGCACGGUCACGACCCGCAAGAGCAAACACACCAGCUUCCGGAAAAGGCUCCUGAAGUUCAUCCCGGGACUGAACCGCUCUCUGGAAGAGGAGGAGAGCCACCUGUAGGGGGCGCUGGCUACGGGGGCGGGCACGGGGGGGCCAUGGAGCAGCCAAGUUUUAAGAAGUUUGUUUAGGUUUAUUUAUUUAUUUAUUAUCCCGGUUGGUGCCGGUGCCCUGGCAGUGUGGGGCCAGGGCUUGGGUUUCAGAGCUGGGGGGGCUCUGCUGUGAAGGGCAGAGGGGAUAUUUGCUCCCCCCACAGAAGGAGAAACAUGUAAGGGGACGGGGGGGGGCAGCAGGAGCUGGAUCUAGCCCCAGCGGCAGCCUGGGUGCCUGCUCGUGGGAACUGCUGGAGGAGGGAACUGGGCCCGUCUGCACGGUUAGGGGGGAUUUUCAGGUGUCCUGGGGGAAUGGGCCGUGGGGGACCUUUCGCUUCCAGGCCUCAUGUGACCGAACCCCUCCAAUAGCUCUGGGGGCGGAUGAGCUGAUGGGUCGGAGCCCGUUUGGGGCAGCAUCAAACGGGCUCUGCCCUCAGGCCAGUACCAUCGGCAGGGAGGCCACGGGAGAAGAGAGCAGCGCCUGGAGCAAGAGGCGUGGGAGAGGCUGGCCAUGCCCCUGCCCGUGUCUCCAGGGGGCCAGGCGGCAGUGGGCACAGGACUGUCCCAGGAAGAGCGGGAUCCUGGUGCUACCCCAGAGGCUCCCAGCAGCCAUGACAAGUGCUCCGCAUGGAGCAGGAGCCAGAGGGAUCUCCGAGCAGGCACCCUCUUCCCCUGAUGCAGCGGGGAGCAUCCCGGCCCUGAGAGGGGUGGGGCCCCCUCCUGCUUUCCCCUGGAAGGCAGCCAGCAGCUCUGCUCUGGUCCAGCCACAUCCUCCUCCUGUCUCUGCAGCGCCGGGCUCUGCGUGACUUCCUGCAACGUCUGGUGCGUCUGUCAGCCCUAUUUAUGGCCCAGGUGACUGAACCUUGGGGGUGUCUGUCUCUCUGCCCGGUGCCGCGUUGGGCUGGAGAGAGAAGAUCCCUUUGUAACCGUCUGACGCCAGCAGAACUGCUCGUCCCUCUGGCCUGUAGACUGAGGUGCGGGGCUGUCCCGUGGCCGGGAGAGCGCUCGGGCUGCUGUGCACCCUGCGGGAUCAGACCCUGGGGAUGGCUGGACCACUGGCGGCGUGUCCGUUCUCUGGAACGCGGAGUCAGCACUCAGGGACAGCCUGGCCUGAGUGCAGGAUGGGGCCGUUCUUGGUGACCUGCAGCCCUUCAGGAAAAGGCUUUGCCUCCAUCUUCACUUGCUCCGUUCCUCUUGCUGGGGGAGGGGAGAGAAACUGGUUCCAUGGAGCCGGGGGGAACUUCCCAGCAAAGCUGGUUCUUAUCUCAGGAAAUAGCUACAGGAAGAGGGUGGCUCGGCAAGUGAGGGCUCCCCGCUGGACGUGUCUAUCAAAUGGAGCCCCCACCCCCCAAACAGCGCUAGACAGCGGAGGGGGGCGGGGCUGUGGCUGGGACACGGGUGCAGUUAGCUGUGGGGGUGGGGGGGGGUGUGAGGUUUUGUACAGACACGGAUGUCGCUGUUAAAAUGCUUGGCACAGAUUCUGAUCAAUACAAUGAGA